CUUUAGUGCGACCAUAGGUUUCACCCCAAGGGUUCAAAGGUGUGAUUUGUUGUCAGUGACUAUGAAGAACGAAGAAAGGCAUCCUUCAAAGACAAGGACACUGACUUCUCCUGCUAUAAAUAUUCCCUCUACACCUCCCUUCCCUGGUUCAGGUCUCAUGUUAUAUGUCAAAGGGCUGAGCUCAGCGGGUCAGAGCCAUAGAUUACAGUUUGUUGCAACCAGAGGUGGCUUUUGUAAGUCUCCUUACUAGAUCAUCUGUUGUUUGCAUUGGCGUCAUCGUAGCCACUCAAGAUGUUGUGUUCCACUGGAGUAUUACCGGCAUUUCUGGCAGAGGCGGACUCUCGUCAGUCAUCUGCUCACAGUUGGGUUUGUAGCAACUUUGCUUCCAGACAGUAAACAAGGUCAAUGCAGGAGAGCAGCUCCAGACGUCUCGGCUGUAAAGGUGUGUUUCAUGUGAAGAAGAACAUGGCCUGGACUUGUGCGAUGCCGCAGAAGAGAGGCUCUGGUGAAAACAGCGGGAUUCAGACUAAGACCAUCAACGGCUCGAGUGGUGCAUCCACAACUAGAAUCACCACCAUUCGUCUCCGGGACAUUUACGAUCCAAAGCCUCAACCCCAGAAAGUUCCGGUGCGGAUUCGCCCUCCGGGUCCGAGACCGCCCUCAGCGAGGGAGCUCGAUUCAAAACAGAGCUCCCCCGGCGAUCCUCCAACAAAGACAAUCAUGAGGAGACGAGCUCAGUCUCUCCCCUCGUCUGCAGACAGGAAGAAGGAGUUCAGGAGCCUGCAGGUACGUUUUGUGGACUCGUUAGGACUCGAGUUAGAGGAAGUCAAGGUAUUUAAAGCCCAAGAGUACCCAUCGAUACCUGAACAUGUUUUGUUUAGACUACUGAUGAGUUCUGAGCAUGCUUUGGGGAGGUCAUUGGAGUUGUCCCUGCCUUACUUCAAACCCUGUUUCCCCGAGAAUAUGGGGAUUCAUCCCGACUUCCUGGAGAAACUCUGCACUCGGAGCGUGUGUCUGGAGCAGGUUCAGUGUUCAGAGCAGGGGAUAACAGGCACUAUACAAGUACUUAACUUAGCGUAUGAGAAGGAGGUCACAGUGCACUAUUCUUUCACCAACUGGAGAUCCCAAACAGAAACAACAGCAUCAUGGCUAUCGAGCGGUUACCGUGGAGACGGCGAUUGCAACGCGCCGGACACAGAUAUCUUCAGGUUUCGUCUGCCCGUGCCGCCCUUCAUUUUGCAGCCAGGAGCUGUCUUAGAGUUUGCGAUCUGCUACAGUGUGAAAGGAUCUAACCACUGGGACAACAACAAUGGACAAAACUACAAACUGUCUUGCCACAGCUACAAAGUGACUGUGCCGAGGGAGUGUGAGGACAGCAUGCGGCAUUUUACCUGAGUGU